GAAAUCGGACCCCAGGAGAACGCCGUUGAAUACACGCAUAUUAGUGAGCGAUGACUUAAACCGUCGCCGAGACGCAGAAGUGUUUUACGUUUCAGUUGAGUCCCGAUACUCGCUUGAGUAACACCUGAAAAACUUGUGAUUCCCCUCAUUCACAAUUAAUUAAACAGUGGAUGAGUCGAAUCAUCGAGUUGAAACAAUUAUUCAUCAAAUUAAACAGUGGUAUCUCGAGACGUGAACCUGUUGAUACUUUGUGCACCGGCUGCUGGAGAAAGUUGAUCUCUUGACGUACAAAUAAACGCAAAGGGAUAUUACACGAUGGGGUACGGCACGGAAAUGAGCGGCUGCGGAAGGUUUAUGAAGUACUCCCUAUUCUUCGCAAACUUCGUAAUCUUCAUUGGAGGAUGUGUGAUCGCUGGUCUAGCCGUAUGGGCUAUGAUUGACAAGAUACCCUAUCUCAGCGAUAUAGUUGGAAAUAAUUUAUUAACCGGUGCUGUCUACGUACUUCUUGCCGGUGGAAUCGUUGUAGCAAUCGUUGCCUUCUUCGGUUGCAUCGGUGCAUCGAGAGAAGUAAAAUGCAUGCUUCUCACGUACUUUAUAAUAGUACUCAUACUAUUUGUGACAAUACUCAUUGGAGGAGUUCUCGCCUACGUCUUCCGAGGGAAAUUACACGGAAAAGUUGAAAUGGAGAUGAAAAAUUCAAUGGCACUUUAUGAUAAUAAGCAGUACAUGCGUGAGGCUUGGGAUGCUACUCAGAUUUCGCUUCGUUGCUGUGGAACUAAGAGCUUCAGAGACUGGGGAAUUAUAGGUCUGAGACUGCCACGUUCUUGCUGUCGAGAAGUCAGACCGGGAGAGUAUUUCCAUUGCAAUGCAACUCCAGAAACUCCGAAUCAAUCGAACACGUACACGAAUGGAUGCCUAACUACUGCUGAAAAUAAUUUGGAGAUGCAUACGAAGAUUAUUGGAGUUGCAGGAAUCGCUGUUGCCAUUCUGAUGCUAUUCGGCUUGAUCUUCUCCUGCGCUCUUUUCCGGAAAAUAGAAUGACUGAGAGAGUUUCGCGUUCUUUGAAGGGCAUUCGAGAACAUUUUUAGGGCGUUAAGAAAUAAGAAUCUCAGAUGAGAAAAUGAAAUCUGAAAUCGUUUUGCACUAUUUAUAACUCCAUUUCAAUUCAUUCAUAACUCGUAAUUGAAAAAUCAUAAUGAUCGCAUCAAUCAAUAGAUAUCCGAUUAGAAAUCUGCGCAGUGCGGGCCAUAAAAUUGUUUCAUACGUUUGACAUUAUCAUAAGUUGUUUAACUAUUCGAGGUCUACAAAGAUGAUAUUAUUUUUUUGUAUGUUAUAACCAUUAGAUUUCUUUCAUUGUAGCUAAGCUGUAGUCAAUUUUUUAACUAUUCGGUGCAUAAAAUUAAGAUUAAGAAUUGAUCAGAUUGGCCAGAUCGAUCCGAAAAAAUAUACGGAUUUUUAAUUUAAUCAUUGUUCAAUGAUUCAGAAAUUCUAACCACUGCCUCUGAAUUCCUCGUAGAGAAAUAGUCGUAGGGCAAUGAGAGUCCGUGAACCAUUGAAUGAGUUCAUUUUUUCGUGUCGAUCUGGUCAACACUUUGCUAAAAACAUGAAAAAUGGUGGAAUGCCAAAAAAACACAUCUCUCUCAGUCUCUUCUCUUGGAACAACUGAAAUGAAAGCCUUUGUCGGAAGAAAAGUCGCCCUUUUUUUUUAUAAAAACGUUUGGCGGUGUUCUGGAAGACGACCUACGGGUGAUUGGGCAGUGUCUGCAAUUUCCCUCGAGGGAGUUAUCCCCAGUCACCAAGUGGUAACCGUGUGUGUGCUAGUGGUGCGCCUGUCUGGGGCUGUGGUCCAAAGUCGAUAUUGCAGUCCGGGAAAUGCUUGAGAAAUAAGAGAAAUAAAAAAUUGUGCACACUCCAA